UGGCAUGAUGCAGUGACUUGUCAAAUUUGUUUAACUUGAAUUCAUUCACAGAUUCUCUUAAAAAGAAUAUUGUAAAAUUAAGUGUAUAGAAAGAAGAAAUUAAAAUGACAGUAAAAAAUAAAACUGAGGAGCCCAAAAAAGAAAAUGCCGAGCCAACACCAGCCCCAAACGAUGAUCUGUCCGAAGAAGAUAAACGCCUUCAGGAGGAGCUUAAUAUGCUUGUUGAGAAGCUUACCGGUAACGAGGUGGAACUUUAUUUACCGGCCCUACAGAUGUUGAGCAACCUCAUAAGAACUUCAACGACUUCUAUGACAUCAGUACCAAAGCCUUUAAAGUUUCUAAGAGAGCACUACCCUGCACUAAAAUUAGUGUAUGAUAAGAUUACAGAUGAAAAGACAAAGAAAUUUUGUGCUGAUGUAGUUUCUGUUCUUGCUAUGGGAGUAAGUGGUGCCCCUGAUGCUGCAGAAAAGCGAGAAUGCCUUAAAUAUUGUCUGCUGGGGACAAUGUCUAAUGUUGGUGAAUGGGGCCAUGAAUAUGUUAGGCAACUUGAAGGAGAGAUAGCUGAAGAAUGGAACAUAGAAAACAUGAAUGCACUGAUGCCCCUAGUCCGUGAUGUUGUUGCCUUUGAUAUGCAGCACUCUGCAGAGAUUCAAGCUUGUGAUUUGCUUAUGGAGAUUGAUCGUUUAGAUUUACUCUCCCAACAUAUGGACCAGAGCAAUUACCCCAGAGUCUGCCUUUACUUAAUUGGCUGUGCCAGUUAUGUGGUAGAACCAGAGUCAACACAAAUUCUCCAAGGUGUGCUUGAUACAUACAUACGUUUUAAAGAAUAUCCUCGCGCUUUACUGGUUGCAAUGCAAUUACAUGACAAGGCUAAAUGUGAAGAAGUCUUCAAUUCUUGUGAUGAUAACCUUACCAAAAAACAGCUGUGCUAUAUGUUGGCCAGACAGUAUGUGCCAUUAGAUUUGGACGAUGAAGAUUUAAGGACUAUACUGUUAAAUGCUCAUAUAAAUGAUCAUUUUCUAAGCUUGGGUAGAGAGCUUGAUAUUAUGGAGCCUAAAACACCUGAAGAGGUAUACAAAACUUGGUUGGAAUCAGCUGGGUCAGCUCUACGACCGUCUUUAUUAGCAGAACAUCCAGUGGAUUCUGCUCGGCAAAAUCUAUCUGCCACAUUUGUCAAUGCCUUUGUAAAUGCUGGUUUUGGAAGAGAUAAGUUGGUUACAACUGAGGAUGGAAAUAAAUGGAUGUAUAAGAACAAAGAUCAUGGAAUGCUGUCAGCAGCAGCUUCUCUAGGAAUGAUCCACCUAUGGGAUGUUGAUGGUGGUCUAACUCCUAUAGAUAAGUAUUUAUACACAGCCGAAGAGCACAUAAAGGCUGGAGCUUUACUGGCUCUAGGACUUGUGAACUGUGGUGUGCGGAAUGAAUGUGAUCCCGCACUAGCUCUCCUGUCGGACUAUGUGUUGCAUUCAAGUGCUAAUUUGAGAAUUGGCAGUGUUUUAGGUCUCGGCAUAGCGUACGCGGGCACGCAACGCGAAGACGUACUCUCUCAUUUGCUGCCGGUGUUAGCGGAUACCGCUGCACCUCCCGAAAUCUGUGCGCUAGCAGCCGUCUCCUGCGGACUUAUCGCCGUCGGUUCCUGCAACGGUGAUGUCACGUGUGCUAUUAUCCAGCGUCUUAUUGAAGACAACAAAGAUCUGCACUCAUCAACUUACGCUAGAUUUCUGCACUUGGGUCUAGGAUUGUGUUUCUUGGGAUGCAAGGAGCGUACGGAGGCAACGAUGGCCGCUCUGGAAGUGUUGCCGGAACCGCAACAAUCGCUGUGCCAGACCACACUGUCCAUGUGCGCAUACGCUGGUACCGGCGACGUACUCGUCGUGCAACAGAUGCUGCACAUCUGCUCCAAGCACUACGAUACGGAUAACGAACAAUCAUCAACAGAAGACACAGCUUUUAAAAAGCAAGACAAGAAGGAAUCUAAAGAGGCUAGUAGCAGUAGCGGCUCGUCGUCUAGUACAUCAAAGGAUGACAAGAACAAAAGCAAAUCGAAAGAGAGCAAGAGCAAGGAAAAGGACAAGGAAAAGGAAGCUAACAAGGAACUGUCGUCAGUACAGGCAGUGGCCACACUGGGCGUUGCAGUCAUCGCUUUGGGCGAGGAAACUGGUGCCGAGAUGUGUACACGCAUCUUUGGCCAACUGGGACGAUACGGGGAGCCGGCUGUGCGACGUGCGGUUCCACUCGCAAUCGCACUGUGCUCCGUAUCCAACCCGCAGUUGUCGGUAAUCGACGUGCUCAACAAAUACUCGCACGACUCUGACAAUGACGUCGCUUACAACGCCAUCUUCGCCAUGGGCCUUGUUGGCGCCGGCACCAAUAACGCAAGAUUGGCCACAAUGCUGCGCGCGCUCGCACUGUAUCACGGCAAAUCACCUGUGCAUCUAUUCAUGGUACGACUAGCUCAAGGUCUGUGCCACGCAGGCAAAGGGACUGUGACACUGUGCCCUGCACACGCUGACAAACGUCUCGUCAACCAGCCCGCUUUAGCUGGUUUGCUAGUUGUGCUUACUGCCUUCUUAGACUGCAAGAACAUAAUUCUUGGUAAAUCGCACUAUCUCUUGUACGUGUUGGCAACAGCGAUGCAACCACGUUGGCUCGUCACCCUUGAUGAUAACCUCCAGCCCCUUAAUGUUAGCGUACGUGUAGGCCAGGCUGUAGAUGUGAUCGGCAAAGCUGGAACACCUAAAACAAUCGCCGGUUCACAUACACACACUACACCAGUGUUGCUUUCCUUUGGUGAACGAGCGGAACUGGCUACUGAUGAAUACAUCCCAUUGUCCCCUGUCAUGGAAGGAUUUGUUAUUCUCAAGAAAAAUGAGGACAGUGUCAUGGCAUCUGUACAGUAGGGCACUUAAUUGUAUAAUAUAUUAUUAGUGUUAAUCUUAUAAUGAUGUCAUUUCUUUCUUGUUUUUAAAUAAACUAUAAUAAAUGAAUAAUUCUUCAUUCUUA